AAUAUCGUUCAAAGGAAAUCGUCCGGACGCGUUAUCGGCCUGCCAAUAAGUAAGCUAGGCAAAGCUACGAAAUGCGAGGCUAAGAAGUGGAGACGGGUCAACGAGGAUAAAAGGUCAGGUCCGCCAAUUUUAGGAAAAGGAAAAAUCAAUAAUCAGGCGGGCGCGCGGUGCUCAUUUGAAUUUGGCGGCGCUCGCCCAUAAAGCGGAACUGCUCGUCUGCUAAUUCAGGGGCCAAGCGCUCAACUGUUCGUACAAGUCGGCGUAAAAAAGGUCGAAAGUUCUGGCCGGCGGAGCUGGGAAAACCGCUUCCGAAGAGUCAGAAGCUCGAGAUUGCGCUUCGUCGGCGAGGAAAUGCGUGGCACGCUGGGCGGCGGUGGCGGCGGCGGCGGUGGCGGCGGCCUCGGGGCCACGGGCCGCAAGAAGGGCUCGACCUCCACGUCGCCAUCGGAGCUCACCGUUAUGAGCCACCAGGAGCGCACGGCCAACGCGGCGGCGCGUAGCAGCGGCGACGGCUAUUCGGUACUGGCGAGCGGCGCCCGCGGUAGUGGGGGACUUCCGUUUGCUCGCGGCGAGGUCAGACGAGACGGCUGGCUGCGCUCGGUGCUGCUCUUGAAAAGUACGAUGAAAAUGGCGUGGCAACCGCAAGAGGAAGGACUAAGACAAAUCCUGACGCUGCUCAAGGAAUCCCAGAGUUCGAAUACGGAGAUACAGCGCGCCGUGCACCAAAAAUUGGACGAGCUGAAUAAAUUUCCAGAUUUCAAUAAUUAUCUUAUCUUUGUUUUAACAAAAUUAACUUCCGAAGAUGAAACUACAAGAUCUUUGAGUGGCCUUAUAUUAAAGAACAACGUUAAAGCUCACUUCAACAAAUUUCAUCCCGAAGUUACAGAAUUUAUAAAGCAAGGAUGUCUCUCGGCGGUAAGAGAUCCCUCUCCGCUGAUUCGAGCUACCGUUGGCAUUGUGAUCACAACCAUUACAUCGAAAGGUGAUCUGGCAAGUUGGCCCGAGUUGCUUCCAGCACUUUGUCAAAUGUUGGAUUCCCAAGACCAGAAUGUUUGCGAAGGGGCGUUUAGCGCCCUUCAGAAAAUUUGUGAAGAUUCAUCGGAGCAGCUGGAAGCUGACAUAGUUAGUCAUCCAUUGAACGUUUUAAUUCCAAAAUUUUUGCAAUUCUUCAGACACAGUUCACCUAAAAUUAGAUCUCACGCUAUUGCUUGCGUUAAUCAGUUUAUCGUUCAUCGUGCGACAGCUCUCAUGAUGCAUAUAGAUUGUUUUCUUGAAAAUCUUUUCUAUUUAACAACAGACGAUAAUCCUGAAGUGAGAAAAAAUGUUUGCAGAGCAUUGGUAAUGUUAUUAGAAGUUCGAAUGGAUAUAUUACUUUGUCAUAUGCACAAUAUAAUUGAAUACAUGCUGAUGAGAACUCAAGAUUCAAACGACGGAGUUGCUUUAGAAGCUUGUGAAUUUUGGUUAUCGCUGGCUGAGCAAUCUCUUUGUAGAGAAGUUCUUGUGUCUCAUUUACCCAGAUUAGUUCCUGUUCUUGUAAAAGGCAUGAAAUACUCUCAAUUAGAUAUUGUUCUUCUGAAAGCCGAUGUUGAAGAGGAUGAAAUGAUUCCCGAUAGAGAAGAGGAUAUCAGACCUCGAUUCCACAAAUCUAAAACACAUCACUCCAAUUCAUCUAUGAUGAAGCACAUAGACGAAAAUGGUAGCUACGACGAUAAAGAUCUGGAUUCCGAGGAUGGAGGUGAUUACGAUUCUUCGCUUAGUGAUUGGAAUCUGAGAAAGUGCUCUGCAGCUGCACUGGAUAUGUUGGCUGGAGUAUUUAAGGAAGAUCUCUUACCAGUAUUGGUACCUAUUCUUAAAGAAACCCUUUUCCAUCAAGAAUGGGUUAUUAAAGAAUCAGGAAUUCUUGCAUUAGGAGCAAUUGCAGAAGGUUGCAUGUCGGGUAUGCUACCCCAUCUAUCAGAAAUUAUUCCAUACCUAAUCAAUUGCUUGAGCGACAAAAAGGCAUUGGUGCGAUCUAUCACAUGCUGGACGCUGAGUCGCUAUGCCCACUGGGUUUGCGCCCAGCCACACGAUACUUAUUUGAAACCUUUAAUGACUGAACUUCUGAAAAGAGUGCUGGAUGGUAAUAAACGUGUUCAGGAAGCAGCUUGCUCCGCAUUUGCAACACUCGAAGAAGAGGCAUGCACAGAAUUAGUUCCGUAUCUUGGCUUCAUCCUGGAGACACUUGUAUUCGCUUUUAGCAAAUAUCAGCAUAAAAACUUAUUGAUUCUGUAUGAUGCAAUUGGUACGCUAGCCGAUUCUGUUGGACGCCACCUGAAUAAACCAGAUUAUAUAAAUUUGCUUAUGCCGCCAUUAAUCAAUAAAUGGAAUGUUUUGAAAGACGAGGACAAAGAUUUGUUUCCGCUUUUAGAAUGUUUGUCCUCUGUGGCUUCGGCCCUUCAAUCUGGCUUUCUGCCAUAUUGCGAGCCAGUGUAUAGGAGAUGCGUAUCAUUGGUAGAGCAAACUCUAAAUCGGCAUUUGGCUUAUACACAGAAUCCAGACCACUUUGAGCCUCCGGAUAAAGACUUCAUGAUUGUAGCUCUGGAUCUGCUAAGUGGACUGGCCGAAGGUUUAAAUGGACACAUGGAGUGUCUUGUUGAGAAUAGUAAUGUUAUGCAAUUACUUUAUCAGUGCAUGCAGGAUCAUUUGCCGGAAGUUAGACAGAGUAGUUUUGCGCUUUUAGGCGAUUUAACAAAAGCUUGUUUCCAACACGUACUUCCCUGUAUACCGGACUUUAUGCCUAUCCUAAACCAAAAUUUAAAUCCAGAAUACAUUUCAGUAUGUAAUAAUGCAGCAUGGGCUAUUGGAGAAAUUUCUAUAAAACUUGGUCCUGAUACGAGCUCGUACAGUCUUUUGGUUUUGUCACAGCUCAUUGAGAUAAUUAAUAAACCAAAUACGCCAAAGACUCUUAUGGAGAACACCGCCAUAACGAUCGGUCGCCUAGGUUAUGUGUGUCCCCACGACGUCGCCCCCAUGUUACAGCAGUUUGUCCGACAGUGGUGCAUUUCGUUAAGAAAUAUUCGUGAUAACGAAGAGAAAGAUUCCGCGUUUCGAGGUAUGUGUCAAAUGAUAGCUGUUAAUCCGGGUGGAGUUGUUCAAGAUUUCAUAUUCUUCUGUGAUGCCGUUGCAUCAUGGGUAACACCUCGUGAUGAUCUUAAGGACAUGUUUCAAAAGAUAUUACAUGGAUUUAAAAAUCAAGUUGGACCAGAAAACUGGAGGCGAUUUUCAGACCAGUUUCCAGCGCAACUUAGAGAGCGACUUCAAAAUAUGUACGGCGUCUGAACAACCCCGCCUACAAAUGAAGGCCGCUUUAAAGAGCAGGCCGAACGGGGUUGGGCGGGGACUAAAAACGUGGGUGAUCAGGGUGGGUGGGUGAAACCACGGCCUCUUCUCAUCAACAUCAUCGUCGUUAUCGAGUCAUGGUCACCGUACCGGCGAACUCAUCGUCGGGCCCUCCUGGGGAUAAGAGCAAAAUCUGCCCGUGCGCCGUAGACUGCAGCGAUAAUUAGGCACUGACAGAGAGCAACGUGAGCAAGGGCUAAAAUAAAAGAAAUAAAAAUAUGCAAUUAACACUUCGAGAUAGUAGAGGAAUUAUAAAGAGCAGAGUGAGGAAGAAAAAACGACACAGGAACAAUUAGCAAAACAAAACAAAUA